CUCAGCCAGCCAACUGUAGAGCUAUUAUAGUUCAGGCAAAGGCUAAUUGUUGUCCACUUACAAAGGAUUCAAAGGAUCAACAGAGAUUCUCCGGAUGGUGUAUCUGUUUUUCACAAAUUGCCACGCUCUUGUACGGAGCAGUGCGCCUUCCCGUGUUUUAUUUUUUUCUGUUUCAGUGUCAGUUAUAGCUGGAAUGCCUGAUGACAACUGAUUAGAAUAUUUGCUUACAAAAGAGAAGGGCAGUACUAGCUGGCUCCAUCAACUGUUUGCUGGUUUGUACAUCUUUAGCUGAGGAAUGGCAUUGCUUGCUGCUGCUGCACUCCUGUGCCUCUCCGGUUGGGUUUCUCUCUACAUCAUCCUGUGUAACGUCAGUGGAUCCCGGGGAUACGAAUGGAACUGUCGCCUGGUCACCCUGCUGCAUGGAAUCCUUGCAGUUUGUAUCACAGCUUACAUAGGUUAUGUGGAUGGACCCUGGCCGUUUACACAUCCAGGCACUAAGAACACGCCCUUGCAGAUCAGCGCCAUGAUGUUGAGCUUGGGCUACUUUAUGUUUGAUAUGGGCUGGUGUGUGUACUUCAAUACAGAAGGACCCGUUAUGCUAGCCCACCACACCAUGAGCAUCCUGGGAAUCCUGUUAACCCUGUGGCUGGGGGAGUCUGGCAUAGAGUCCUGUGCUGUUCUCUUUGGUAGUGAAAUCACCAACCCCCUCCUGCAGGCACGCUGGUUCCUCAAACAGACCGGACAUUAUGAGACACUACUGGGUGAUGUUGUGGACGUCCUGUUCGUGCUGCUGUUUGUGUUCAUGCGGGUCUUUGUGGGAGGAACAAUGUUGUACUGUGAGUUGAUCUCCCCAAGGCCGAGGUUCUAUAUCAAGUGCGGCGGAGUGGCUAUGUAUACUCUUUCCUGGGUAUUUAUGGUGGACAUUGGUCGAUUUGCCAUCCGGAAGGGAAAAAGCAGGUACAGAUUUUGGAAAGACCAGCACAAGGAGGAGUCACUUGUUCUCAAUGGCCAUGAAGGGAAGAUGGACUGAAGGGCAGAUUUCCUUUUCUACACCAUCUUACUUUUUUAAGGAAGCUAAUGUACAUUAUGUAUGAGUGCCUCAUUUUGGACUUAGAUGUUUUAAAGAAAUCCAUUUUGUGUACAUAAGAUUAUGCUGAUCAAGGGAGUGGUCAAGUCAUUUUCUUAUGAUCAAGAAAUGCCCUUGGAUAUCUGUCUAAACAAAUGGUGUAUUUGAAUAACUAAGCUUUUAAAGAAAAUGCUUUGGGGGGUGUUUUGUAACAGCACAGUAACAUGAAUCGUUUCAAUUCUUUAGCUGUUGGCUGGCCUGGCUAUUUGCCUGAAAUUUCUACCAGCGUUGCUUGAAUUUUACCUUCUUUUUUUCUCUUUUUCUUUUUUAGCUAAAAGAAACGUCAGUGAUUUUUGUUACCCCUAAUAUACAUGCUUAGUUUUUUUUUCCUUUGGUAACUGUGAAUCAGGCUACUGUAUCAGAAAAGGCCUGUUGGUCAAGGUAGCUUUCUCCAUCACUGCUGGUAGAAAAACUUUUAAACUGGAUUACUUUAUGAGAGACCAUUCAGUAACAUUGGCAUAAUUAUGAUUUUGAUCAAUCAGUCAUCUUGUAAGAACAAGGAGUUUGUGCUGUGUUAUUUCAAAGCACGGUGCGCGUGCACACACCCUCACACACUAACAUGUACAAUGUGUUCUCAAGUAAAACAGUGACACACGUGACACACAACAGUGCUGAUAGGGAGAGUUUAUCUCAUUUCAUAAAUGUACCUUGAAUAGCAAUCUUAAGGCUGUGAAUUCUUAUUUAUAUUAGGGCCAAAAGAAUAGACAGAUAAUUCGACUUUCUCACGACAAAACGUAUUGGUGAGUGACCACUAAGGUUAAGCUUGCUUAAAAUGGAAACCAAUUUUAUGUACAACACAUGACUGGAUAUCUCUUUCAGACUUUUUUGCUGUGUACUGUAACCCAAUUCUACAUUUUGUCCUCCAAGAAGAACAUUGCUAUUAGACAAAAGACAGAUUUGAUGCCCUUAACACUUGGGGAAAUUUUCUUAGUCGCAUUAUAGAAGAUCUAUCAUUUUAGUUCAGGGACAUAGGUCUAUUGUCCUAUCCUAAGUGAUGUCACCUAGACCAUUCUAAGUGGGCAAAGAUAUGAAUGAUAUACUUAGAGGUAUAAUAUGCAAAUUAACUUCAAAGGGGCACUUUGCGAAACCAUCCCUUCAAGCUUUGGCCUGCCAUAACGAUCUCUCAGUACUCUGAAACUACAUUGGUAAAUGCACUGCAUUUAUAUAGCGCUUUUCUAGUGUACCGACCACUCAAAGUGCUUUAUGGUGUAUGCCUCACAUUCACCCAGUCACACACACAUUCAUACGCUGAUGGUAGAGGCUGCCAUGCAAGGUGCUGAUCUGCUCAUCAGGAGCAGUUAGGGGUUCGGUGUCUUACUCAAAGACACUUCGACACGCUCUCUGGAGGAGAUGGGAAUCGAACCAGUGACCUUCCAAUUACUAGAUGACCUGCUCUCCCUCCUGAGCCAUGCUGCCCAUUGAGUCCUUCUGCGCCUUUACGGCCCUUGUUACUCUUCUGAGUUUACCAGUCUAUUUCUGUUAAGGCUCGUCUGUACAGAGAUUCUAUUUUGUUUCAUGGUCAUUUUUAUUAUGUUAUUGCAUAUAUAAAACUCAUGAUGUUAGUGUGUAAAAAGCCUUGCACAAAAAAACACAAAAAAAAGAUAUGCAUCCUCUUGCGUUUAGCCUUGAAAACAGUGUGGCCAGUGUAGAUUUUUAACACACAUCAGUCAAAAUUUGAAGGAGUUUGAUUGCAAAAUACAUUUUUUGCGACAGCUGGUUAUUUAUUCAUUAUGAUAGUCAUGAACACAAAGUCAAGAAACAUGAGCAUAGCACCCACUUCAUGAUGGCUCAGUUGUGAUUGCAGAGUAGUUUUUUUCCCCCUGACACUUCUGUUGUAAAGAUAUUUCCCAAAGUGUAAAUAUAAUCUUGAAAAUCUCAGAGAUGUUGAGUGAUCUGAGUCCUCCAUCCCCAUGUCAGGAUGUAAGCCAGUUGUCUUACUGCUUGGGGCGUUGCUGUGAAAGACUACAUUCCAUUCCACAAAUACAUUGUACUAUGGCUAACGACAUCUCAUAGUCAUUGUGUUCAUAUUCAUUUUAAGAUGCCUAGUCUUAGUGAUGCUCAAAUUCCAUCCCAGGAAACUGAUCAAACACAGAUACAGAUUCACCAGAACUCAAAUUUCCUUUCUUUCGAUGUCAUUUUCCUUUCAUUCCCCAUUUUGAUGGUAUAUAUUGUAUAUGUUGCUGCAAACAUGUUACCACAGUUACUAGAAAUAUCUUACCAUUAUAAACUUUUCUUCUUCGAUUCAUUUGAUUCUUGACGCUACAAUCCUGAUGAUUUACAUGCAAACAAAUGUGUGUUGAUAGCCGAUCCACAAAUAUCCACAUGCUUUUUUAAAUGUUCAUUUUAAUGGUCCUUGUUAGAUAGGACUUUAGGAGUGCUACGGCAUGGUGCACAGUGUUUUAUGUCUUCACCAUUUGCAGCCCACUGUAAAAGAAUAAGGCCAAUAGUGGCUAGUUUGAAGAAGCCCAGUUGUUGUGGCUAACAGGCAGAUAUGGCAGACCAACUCUGAUGAGGACCUUUAUCAACAAAUACUACAGCCUCAUCACACAAAAAUAGCUAUCUUCAGGAUUGUAGCGUUGAAUAUAAGGUCAAUUUAUCUAGGUGCUAAUUUAUGGAAUAAUUUAAGCAUUGCCACUGUGAAAAAGUAGUUUGUGCCUUAGUGAUCUGAAUGUACCGUUCUUCUAACAGUGUUUAGGAUUUAUUAGGUCUUGUGCUGUGCUGAAAUUUCCCCAAACACACGUGUAGGUGUAAUAAAGAACUCUUCUGGGUUUGUUUGGGUUUAAUAGCUUGAUAUGCAUCUUCGAGUGAAUUGAAAUUAUUAUAGUAUUAUGUCGAGAUCAAUUAGCUUGUUCUUUAAUGCCUUUAAUGCAUUUUAUGUGAU